AUAGUUAGUGCCAUUAAUUUUCUGAGCAGCGGCACAAAUAGCUACUUGUCUACUUCUGCCAGAAAAGUCUGAAACCAAAGAAAUAGGUAACAGUGAAUGCGAUGGUUAGGGCAAACCAUGGCAUGAGAGACCAUGUCAGAGGCAGUUUUUUGAAGAUGUCAGGUGCUUGCAGCUGUAGGGGAAAAUGAAAUGCCUUGUGUUUAUCCUGAUAAAACUAGAGUUUUCACUAUCCCACCAUGGCUAAGUUAAUCUUUUGGGGAGAUUUUUUUUUUUUAGAAUUGGGGAUAGGCUUGUUCACAACUGUAUUGGAAUUUAUCUGUGUUUUCUUUUAACUGUCAAGCAGUCCUCUCCUCCUGAACUCUACUAAUGUGAUGGAUUUGAAAACUUCUGUGUAUGUGUAUGUAUCAGAAACUAGUUGGGUGACUUUGGGCCAGUCCUUCUUACUCAGCCCUAGAAUGGGAAGUAAAAUAAAAUCUAUCAACCAACUUGCACUGGGCCAUGGAUUACGGUCCAUAACCUUCAACGAGGAUGCUUCAUCCUGCUGUGGAUUGAUUCAAGAUGAUGAUGAUGAUGAUGAUUUAUUUUGUUCCUUCUUUUAGGCUGUUCAAGGUCUUCUUGUCAAUACCAUUUCUAUUCUGUUUUGUCCAUUGGUGGAAACAAAAAUGUUUAAGAAGCUGGCCAAACAGCUUAUCCAAGAACUGGACUCAGAUGGGAAACUGAUUCCUGUGAGCAGCCUGGCCCAGAGUGAUGGCUUUCAGCUUCUCUCUUUGGUGACUAAAAAACAGUAUAAGUAUAGGUGGCCUUGGAAUAGUAGAAAGUAUUCCCCGACCUCUUUCAGACUGGCAGACAUACUCCAAGAAGAAGCAACAAUGGAAAUAGAGCUGAAACAUUCUGAGCCGCUUUUAUUCUCUGCUAACACAUGCUACAAAUCUGGAGGACGGCUGAACUUUAAGAUACGGUCUGCAGAAGUGGAUGUUGGUGGGUUGGCCUUGGCUUGCUUGAAUGCCUCUCCGGUACAUCUCAGAAAAACCUACGUGGACCCAGGAGAGCUGUGGAAUAUGAAUAUCUCCCUCAGUGCUAUCCAGCAAAUCUACCCUAAACUCAAUUUCUACAUUGUGACAGAACUUUUGGAGAUAACAGAGCCCUUUCUGAUUGAAGAGACUGUCCAGACAGGUGGCAAGGGAGAGGUCUCUGCAAUGGACAUACUUAAGAUCCAGGGCCAGCACAAGACAAUGAAAAACAAGUCCAUGCUAAUUCCUCUGGGUACAGUGAUGGCAUAUGGGGUUGAGAAACUCCAAACCUGUGAAGAAGACCUAGGCAACUCUUUUCAAACAAUGUUGGUUCCCUCACUCACUUACGAUGUAUUCCAGAAUGAACUGGGCUCUUCACUCACAGAUGUUCAGCAAGUGAAAGACGCAGUUAAGGAAGCAUAUGAGCCACUGAUACGCCAGACCCAGCCUUUGAAGAAGCCUCUUCUGGAAUCCUUUGAGAUUUUCCUGCAGAAUAGAGACGUUUCCACUGUACGGUCCAUGCUGGAGCUUUCCGUGGCAGAUGACAAUGCUGAUCGUUCUAUGUUGGAUUUGUUGAAUGGGGAACUCCGAGUUCCAGUGGAAAUGCUGCUAUCCUAUUUAGGGAUUUUCCAAGACACUAAAAGAGGAGAAAACCAAGAUCUCUGGGGACCAAUGCACUUCCUCUGCUCUUCUUUAGAUGAUUUAGACUGUGCGAUGAUGCCCCUCUUAGAGAAAAUAUUGGAAAAGAGACAACUGGCCAGACCAGUGGAGAUGAUGGAAUACACCUUGGACUGGAUUCUUUCUGGUGAAGAAAGCAGCACUUUCACUCUUCCAUCCUGUUCCCUGACAGAGGAGGAAGCUGAUCUUGACUUUGAGAUGCUGCAAAUCUGCGGGCUGGAUUUAGAAGUUGGGGAAAAUUCUGUCACUUGUCAGUGGAACAAUGAUGCCUGCUCAGAACUGGCUGCUCUAUACUCCAGCUUGUAUGGUCUGCAGAUCCUAAGUGGAUGAAGGAGGAACUAAAACAGAUCCCUAAAAAAAACAAUGCUUUCUGUGACUGCAAGGGGUCAGCCAGACUGUAGACUAAGAUUUAUAUUUCAAAAAAGCACUUAAUAGUUCCAUCUCUUCAGCACAUCUCUUCAAGUUUAGAUAGGCUGAUGCUUCCCAUUUCCUCAGAGGUGGAAUGCCAGAAAUAAUGAGAACUAGGAAGUGGUGGACAUGUAGCUGCCGAGGAGUU